AUGGAUCACCAUUGUCCCUGGACUCUGAGCUGUGUUGGUUUUGGAAACAUGCCUCAGUUCAUGAGGUUCCUGUUCUGGGUCCAGGUAACCACGGGGUUUGUGCUGGUGCAAUUGUUUCUUAGACUUUCGGUCUAUUGGCAGGAUAGAGACCUUCCGGCAUACCUUAUAUCUGUCAGCGAGUUGAUAUUUGUGGUUAUACUGUUUUUAUUGGACUUGCUUGUGUUUUUGUCAAUUCUCGUUCUUUUCCUAAGAUGUCUUUACCAUAUACUUUUCACAGGCAUGACCCAGAUUGAGAGUUGGGAGAAGGAGCGGCUGGAGUCGCAGAUGAGGACCCCAAGAUUAUGGAGAAAGAUCAGGGCCAACUAUCUAAAGGUCCAUGGCAAAAAUCUCCCCGUCCUGACCUCCUGGACCAAUACCGAUUAUGUUGAGCUUGACGAUCUGGACACCAGUCCUGAGAUCUCCGAGGAAGUCCCCCCAAACUUCUCCAUUGAUGAUGUCAUUUUCCCAUACGACAUCGGAAUGUGGGCGAAUCUAAUUAACACAAUGGGUCCUGUAUAUUGUUGGUUAUGGCCCUGGGGAAAGCCCUCUGGCACCGGUACAUGCUUUGAGGUCAACGACGAAGUGGAAGACCAGCUAGAUCUGCCUUGGCCUCCGGAUGCAGAGGACCAAUUGAAAGAAGAAGUUGUACAGAAUCUAGUGAUAGACGCAGAGAACGAGGAGUAUGUCGUGCGGCCGGAUUUCAUGAGAAGAAGCGAACUGGGCAGGACCAGAUGGAUGAACGAUUUUGGCGAACGUCUUGAAGACUUUGGCGUUGAUAUUGAUGCUGAAGGAGAUGACGAACAGGUUCUACGGAAUAGGGUGACUUCUACAAAUCCUUCUGAUGAAGAAGACUAG